CGAUUUAAUUUCAUUGGCAGCUCGGUGCAUUUAUCAUAUACGAAAGGAGUAUGGAGCUGAAUCUGAAGCUCUGCGGCAUGUAUCUGCCACAUCGAACCAGCUUCCUCCACAUGGCCGAGGGCAUUCUGUGUCACUUUAUGCUCCUGGUGCAGUUUCUUUUGAUUUUCAGUAAUUAAGCUUUGUAUUGUAGUUCAUUCAUUUGGGUAAUGCUCUUCGUAUCAGUAUUAUUUCCGCAUUUCUAUCUUGCUUUCAAUCAAAUCGGGCUCGCGGGCUCAUUAGCAAAGCACUUGUCAUCAGUUCAUUCCACAAACUAGUGCACAAAGGACGUCGUCAUGGUUUAUUGGAUGAUUAAAUUGUAUUUCCGCUACUCGCUGGCAAUUGGAAUAACCUCACAGCAAUUUUCCAAUCGAAAGUUUUAUAGUACCCUAUUUUCUCGGACUUAUGCUCUAGUCGCCAACAUAGUGACGCUCAUCAUGUUGCCCAUCGUAAUGUGGCAGGUUCGAUUGGUUUUCCAGCAGAAAAGGUCCUUUCCGCAGCUCAUUCUGAUCACCAAUAACGUGAGGGAAGCGGUGUCCUUCCUGGUCAUAGUGUACACAGUCCUGUCGCGAGGAUUUCGCGAUACAGCGUUUAAGGAGAUGCAACCACUGCUGCUAACACUAUUCCGAGAAGAGAAGCGAUGUGGCUUUAAGGGCAUAGGCGGUGUGAGAAGGUCCUUGAGGAUUCUUCUCUUUGUGAAGUUCUUCACGCUGUCUUGGCUGUGCGUCACAGACAUCCUGUUUCUGUUCUACUCGAACGAUGCGAUAAUCUUGGUUAACCUGGUCAGGUUUUUUUUCAUGUGUAAUACCAACAAUAUCCUGAAUAUGGUGCCCAUGGGCUACUUUCUCGCCCUGUGGCACAUUGCUCGUGGCUUCGAUUGCGUCAACAGGCGUCUGGACCAAAUUGUGAAAUCGAAAUCGCCUAGGAACCACAGGGAGCUGCAGCAUCUCUGGCUUCUCCAUGCCUGCCUCACCAAGACAGCGCUCAACAUAAACAAAAUCUACGCCCCCCAGAUGCUGGCCUCCCGCUUCGAUCACUUUGUAAUCGGUGUGGUCCAGGCUUAUUGGGGAGCUGUGUUCACCUUCGACCUCACCACGCCCUUCUUUUGGCUCGUUUACGGCACUGUCCAAUACCACGUGCGUUCCUUGGACUACUAUCUCAUCGAUAACAUGUGCGAUGUGGCGGUGGAGUACCACGAUUCAGCCAAGCACACCUGGAGUGAAGUCCGCUGGACAAAAGAGAUAAGCUCCUAUGUGAUCUAUUCGAAUAGUUCAAAGUUGCAGCUCUGGUCUUGUGGGCUUUUCCAAGCCAAUCGCAGAAUGUGGUUUGCCAUGAUCAGCAGCGUGUUGUAUUACAUACUAGUUCUACUGCAAUUUCAUUUAGUUAUGGGAAAGGGAUUGUAGUUGCUGUACAGGAGUAUGCACCUUGCUAGAACCACUCUUAACUAAAGAAUGAUAUUUUAGCGUUUGUAAGAAACUAUUUUCUGACCCGUAAUAAUUUUAAACGCUUCCGGGCAACAAAAUCGAUCUGUUCUGCGGCAGCCAAUAAUUUCCUAUUCGAUAAUUUCCAAAUGAAUGCGUUCAGCAAAUAAAUUCAGCUUUGACAGCACUCGCUGUUGAAAUUUAAAACGAAAUCACGU